GAGUCUGUCCGGAUGUGUAUAUGAUGUCUGAUCACUUGUUCCUCACCAAUGCGCUGCAGGCGCGCAAUGGAUUUAUUGUGGGAAUUGUUCUAUAUCGUAUUUAACCAGUUUUUCUGCUCUCUGAAUGGAUCCGAAUAAAGCAACGAUGAUAUUCGCAACUUUCUGGAUGAUGUUGCCUGUCCUUGAUGUAAUGCACUUCUCAAAGGCAGAUGCGAUCUCACAGUCUCGGUCGGUUCGGCUGGACUGCGUUAGGGCUCAUGAACAGUGUUUGGCGAAGUACGGCUGCAGCACAAAGUACCGAACCAUGAGACAGUGUGUGGCCGGGAGAGCCGGGAACUACAGCAUGCUGGCGGAACCCGAGGCGCAGGACGAGUGCAGGAGCGCCAUAGAGUCCAUGAAGCAAAGUCCUCUGUACGACUGCAAGUGUAGAAGAGGAAUGAAGAAAGAGAAAAACUGUCUGCGCAUCUUCUGGAGUAUAUACCAAAGUUUACAAGCCAACGACUUGCUAGAGGACUCACCAUAUGAGCCAGUAAACAGCCGUUUGUCUGAUAUUUUUCGUCUGGCUCCAAUAAUAUCAGGUGAGGCGGCCUUUACGAAGGACAACAACUGCCUGAACGCCGCCAAGGCCUGCAAUCUGAAUGACACGUGUAAGAAAUACCGCUCCUUCUACAUCAGUCCCUGCACCAGUCGAGUCUCAACCACUGAGGUGUGUAACAAGCGCAAGUGCCACAAGGCCCUGCGGCAGUUCUUCGACAAGGUGCCACCGAAACACAGUUAUGGCAUGCUUUUCUGCUCCUGCCCCUCCGGGGAUCACACGGCUUGCUCCGAGCGCAGACGUCAGACCAUCGUGCCAGCCUGCUCCUACGAGGACAAAGAAAAACCCAACUGUCUCUCCUUACAAGACUCCUGCAAGACCAACUACAUCUGCAGAUCUCGUUUAGCUGACUUCCUUACCAACUGUCAACCUGAGACGCGCUCGAUUUCUGGGUGUCUGAAGGAAAACUAUGCCGACUGUCUGCUGGCAUAUUCAGGUCUUAUUGGUACGGUGAUGACUCCGAACUACCUCCGUGCCCCUGGCAUCAGCGUGUCACCUUGGUGCGACUGCAGCAACAGCGGAAACGGAAAAGCAGAGUGUGACAAGUUCACCGAGUUCUUCACUAACAACCGUUGUGUCCGCAAUGCCAUCCAGGCAUUUGGUAACGGCACAGAUGUUGGUGUGUGGCAACCCCAGCCACCCAUUGUGUCCACUCCACCUGACCCUUACACUCCACAGAGAGGACGGGACAGGACAUCCAACGCAUUGGAUGACCCAGCACUCACCAAUGACCUGGACAGUAACUCAGACCAUCUCUACAGCUUCUGUGGAAGUCUCCAGGCUCAGAAACUGAAAAGUAAUGUUACUCUGGAUGUUCUGUGUGUGGAUCCACAGCUGAAUGACCCCAGUAGCUUUAAUGCAAUACCUCGGAGCUCAUCUAGUGCUGUCUGUCUGCUGGACUGGACUGUGCUGCUGCUGUCUCUGGUCUCAGUUCUUCUAACAGCCCCACAGACGUUAUAGCCGCUCACCGAUCACACCUGCUGCUGGACUGCUGCUGCCGCUUCUGUACCAUACAAAAAUGUUGUAUUUUGAGUUUUUUGCCGCAAGUGGUUCUGUGCGCGCUGUGGUGUUUCA